UCCAGCUGCAGUCAGUCAGUGUGUGGACGUUCAGCCGGAGCUGGUGACAGAAACCCGGACAAUAGCAGACAAAAGGCUCCGGUGCAGGACGGAUCGGGUCGGACCGGGACUCUGUGGAGGACUCUGUGGGAGAGAAUAGCUGCAGCUCGGUGCAUGUCCCAUCCGGGGGGUUAUAAACCGGGAGCGGAGGGUCGCACCGACUAACACUGAGCCCCGAGAGCCGCCAGGCAGCAGCCCGCCGCCGGCAGCAGCCCGCCGCCGGCAUGCCCCUCACACGGAGCUCCGUCCUCCUCCCCUUCAUCCUGCUGCUCUCUGCCCGCAUCCAGGUUUCUUCGGCUUCAGGACACUUUGAGCUCCAGAUUUUGUCGAUGCAGAACGCUAACGGGCAGCUGCAGACCGGUUCCUGCUGCGACGGUUCCCGGGACGCCACGGAUCGGCGGUGCACGGUGGACGAGUGCGACACCUACUUCCGAGUGUGUCUGAAGGAGUACCAGCUGAAGGUUUCCUCGGCCGGGCCCUGCAGCUUCGGCACCGCCUCCACGCCGGUCCUCGGUGGGAAUACCUUUUCUUUACGUGGCGCCAAGAGCGACAAAGCCAGGAUCGUGCUGCCGUUCAGCUUCGCGUGGCCGAGGUCGUACACAUUGAUCGUGGAGGCCUUGGACUUCAACAACGACUCUUCCUCUGGCAGCGUCGGCGGGACGGUGAUCGAGAAGGCAGUUCACUCUGGGAUGAUCAACCCCAGCCGGCAGUGGCAGAGCCUGAAGCACAACGGUCCCGUGGCUCAGUUCCAUUUUCAGGUCCGCCUCAGCUGCGACGAGCACUACUACGGCUUCGGCUGCAACAAGUUCUGCCGCCCGAGAGACGACUUCUUUGGCCACUACGAGUGUGACCAAAAUGGCAACAAGACGUGCCUGGAGGGUUGGUCUGGUCCAGACUGCAACACUGCGAUCUGUAGGCAGGGCUGCAGCACAGAACACGGGUCCUGUAAAGUUCCUGGAGAGUGCAAGUGUCUGUAUGGCUGGCAGGGCGAGUACUGUGACCAGUGUAUCCCUCAUCCUGGAUGUGUCCACGGCAGCUGUGUGGAGCCCUGGCAGUGUCUCUGUGACACCAACUAUGGAGGACAGCUAUGUGACAAAGAUCUGAACACGUGUGCGACGCUGCAGCCGUGUUUGAAUGCAGGAACCUGCAGCAACACGGGACCAGACAAAUACCACUGCUCCUGUCCCGACGGCUUCUCUGGGGUCAACUGUCAGAGAGCGGACCGUGCCUGUCUGUCCAACCCCUGUUUGAACAGAGGAAGCUGCGUGGAAACCAGUCAGGGUUUUGAGUGCCGCUGUGCCCCCGGUUGGACUGGACCCUCCUGCUCCAUGAAUGUGGACGAGUGUCUGGUGAACCCCUGCAGCCAUGGAGGGACCUGUCAGGACCUGGUUCAUGGAUUCAAGUGUACCUGUCCCCCUCAGUGGACUGGAAAGACCUGCCUCAUCGAUGCCAACGAGUGUGACGACAACCCCUGCGUUAACGCCAACUCCUGCCGAAAUCUGAUCGGAGGAUACUUCUGCGAGUGCCUCCCGGGUUGGACAGGGCAGAACUGCGACACCAAUAUCAAUGACUGUCGGGGUCAGUGCCGGAACGGAGCAACGUGCAAGGACCUGGUGAACGGGUAUAACUGCGUGUGCGCUCCGGGUUUCACCGGCGAACUCUGCGAGAAAGACGUGGACGAGUGCUCCAGCGGGCCGUGCCUCAACGGCGGUCGCUGCUACGACGAAGUUAACGGCUUCCACUGCCUGUGUCCGCCUGGUUUCUCUGGAAGUCGCUGUCAGCUGGAUAUCGAUUACUGCCUCCACAGUCCGUGUCAAAACGGCGGCCAGUGUUUCAACCUGGCGGCUGACUACGUCUGCACGUGUCCUGAAGACUAUGAGGGCAAGAACUGCUCACGCCUGAAGGACCACUGCCGCACCACACCCUGCAAAGUGAUUGACAGCUGCACAGUGGCGGUGGCGUCCAACAGCACACCGGGCGGGGUGCGUUUGAUUUCGUCCAACGUGUGCGGCCCUCACGGGCGGUGUCGGAGUCACGCCGGUGGACAGUUCAGCUGCGAGUGUGAGGAGGGAUUCACCGGGACGUACUGCCACGAGAAUAUAAAUGACUGUGAGAGCGCCCCCUGUCUGAAUGGAGGAACCUGUAUCGAUAAAGUCAGCCAGUAUCAGUGCAUCUGUGCUGACGGCUGGGACGGACCUACCUGCCAGAACAACAUCGAUGACUGCAGCUCCGCCCCCUGUCAGAACCGAGGCGUCUGUCGAGAUCUGGUCAACGAUUUCUACUGCGAGUGCACCAACGGCUGGAAGGGAAAGACCUGUCACUCCAGAGAGAGUCAGUGUGACGAGGCGACCUGUAACAACGGAGGGACAUGCUACGACAAAGGAGACGCCUUCAAGUGUCUGUGUGCCGCCGGCUGGGAGGGAGCCACCUGUAACAUCGCGAAGAACAGCAGCUGUCUGCCAAGUCCCUGCGAGAACGGAGGAACCUGUGUGGUGGACGGGGACUCCUUCAGCUGCGUCUGUAAGGAGGGCUGGGAGGGCGCCACCUGCAGCCACAAUGCCAACGACUGCAGUCCUCAUCCCUGUUAUAACAGCGGGACUUGCGUCGACGGAGACAACUGGUAUCGAUGUGAAUGCGCUCCGGGGUUCGCCGGCCCUGACUGCAGGAUCAACAUCAAUGAGUGCCAGUCGUCGCCCUGCUCCUUCGGCGCCACCUGUGUGGAUGAAAUCAACGGUUAUCGCUGCGUCUGUCCGCCAGGAAGAACCGGCCCGCGCUGCCAAGAAGCGUCGGGGCGGUCCUGUGUGGUCGAAGGGCUGGUGGCUCUGGAUGGAAGCAGAUGGGACGAAGACUGCAACACCUGCGGCUGUCACAAUGGGAGAAUCAGCUGCACGAAGCUUUGGUGUGGACCUAAACCCUGCAGCCUCCACCGCAAGACUCGUGGCUCUGAGUGUCCGGCCGGUCAGACCUGCGUGGCCGUCAGGGAUGAGCGCUGCUUCGUCAAGCCCUGCCCCAGCCAGGGGGAGUGCUGGGGCCCCGCCAACCGGUCCCCGCCAGCGGCCAGGUGUCACCCGGAGAGCAGCUGCACCAAUGUCACCUUCACCUUCAACAAAGACAUCAUGACAAGGGGUGUGACGGUGGAUCAGGUUUGCCGCGAGCUCAGGAGCCUCUAUGUCGUCAAGAAUCUGUCCUCCGACUCCUUCGUCUCCAUGACCUGUGAGCUGUCCCUCGGCGCCAACAACGAGAUCCACGUAGCCAUCUCGACAGACGACCAGAGGAGAAGCAUGACCUUCGUCAAGGAAAUCACGGAUAAGAUCAUGGAUCUGGUGAGCAAGAGGAGCGCCAACAGCAGCAUCAUCAGCGCCAUCGCCGAGAUUCGCGUCCAGAAACGACAGAGCCACAACUCCAACGACCAUCUCGUGCCCCUUCUGGUGUCCGUGGUGAUUGUCGUCUGGGCGUUGGCGAUCACCUCGAUGUUGCUGUGGUGCAUGAGGAGGCGGAGGAAGCAGAGCGCCCACACGGGGGUCAGCACGCAACCGCCACCGCCGUCGUCUUUGGUGCCUGCAGCCGAGGACAACAACGCCCUCCACAACAGCGUCAGCGCCGCCCGCGAGCAGCUCAACCAUAUUAAGAACCCCAUCGAGAAAAACCCACCGAACCACCAUCAACACCACCUCCUCCUCCACCACCACCACCACCUCCGCGAGGACAAGAACUCCGUCAACGCCAAGAUUAGGAAGUCGGACACCGGGAGCCAAUCGGACGAGGACGAAAUGGACAAAAGGCUGCAGAAGGCAAGGUUCCCCCGGGCGCCUCCAGCGUACUCGCUGGUGGACUGGGAGGAACGACCCCCACACUGGACUAGCAAACAGGACAACAGGCAACUGCAGACCCAAAGUGUAAACAGGAUGGAGUAUAUUGUAUAACCAACGGGGGUCAAAGUGACUGACGUGACCUCGAGUGGGCGUUUUGUUUACUUUUAUGUUCUUUUUUUUGUUCAGAGUUGAAUUCUAGAUGGAUUUUUGCUGUUUUUAAUUUAUGUUUUGACUGAGACUGGUCUGAACGGUCCACUGCGGUUGGCUGGAUCUCCGAUUUUGUGGACGCUUUUGUAAACACCAGACUUCGGACGUGUGAAGUGUUCCUAAAAGCCUCAUGUGCACGAUCAUCUUUCGAUGCAUCUUUCAUUCGAGAAUAAGUUCCGUAUUUGAAUGCGCUGCUGCCUCGUUGCACCGCAGCAACUGAUGAAUUUGGAAAAAAAAACAUAUUUAUUUUGUUUUUUGGGGGGGGGAAUUUUUAGUCAAUAUGAAGAAUUGUCCAUGUACAAUGUUUCUGUAUAGAUGUGUAAAUAUUUUUUUAAUUAAUCAUUGUGUAUAUUUGAUUUAUUAACUUAAUCGUCAAGAGCCUUAAGAUAUUGCUUUUUUUUUAUUUAUGAGUAUUAUUUGGAGUCGAAGGUUUGACAGCUUUGUAAGCCGUUGACUUCUUGAUGGAAAUAUUUUUCUAUAUUUUUCGCCAAAAGUGUUUCUUGAAAGAAUAGUUUAUUUUUAGCCUUUUGGAUUUGGGCAUUUUUGUGCCUCAACUAAAUGUUUUGUACUUUAUCUGAUACCGUUGUGUUGGUAUGUUUGCCAGGAUGUUCUGUUGUAAGUACUUUACAUGUCCGUGAAAAGGGAGGGGUCUUUAUACACAAACCAACAUGGUGGCAGACAUAUUGCUUUUGCUACUGAAGAAAUCAAGGGACGCAACAUUGUUUGUAGUAAUUUGUAUAUUUUGUACAGUGUAAAAAUAAGAGUUGAGAACAGGCUUUGGUUCCUGUUUCCAUGUAUUUGUAACAAUCCAAUUGAAACCUGCAUAAUUUAUCCUUCCUAAGCCCCGCCCCUUUUUGGACCUUUGGUCAACUUCCUCCUUUCCUGUACUUAGACAUGCUAUGCUAGGCUAAUCUAUGUUGAAAGUCAUAGUCAUAUCAUAUCUUUCGUUAGCUAAUGUUUGCAAAGUGCUAGCAAACUAUCCAGCCAACUAGCUAGCUACCUGUAAUCUAUUACAGUUGCAGAAAACAAUACGCAAUUAGAUUACAGUUACAUUUCAUAAAAAGGAUUACAAUUUCAAAAUGCAAUCUAACCCUAACCCGUAGGUUACUGACUAAAUGUUUUAACAGGUAAUUAGUUAUUGUAUCGGACUACAUUUUUAAAGUAACCCUCCCAACCCUGGUUGUUAACUAGCUAGUUACCUAGAUAGUUAGCUAACUAGCUAGUUAACCACUGAUGUAGAUUUAGUUAGUUAGCUAACGUUUUGCUUACAUUAGCUAACUUAAGAUGUGACUAUUUAUACGUCGCUUUUAUCUUUUAACCAUCUUCAAAAUAUGGUUGUCUUUUCAAUAUAGAUUAGCUUAGCACAUAGCAUAACUAAGUACAGGAAAGGAGGAAGCUAGCUCAACUUUUAUUGGAGCACAGAGCAAAAAGGGGCGGGACUUAGGAAGCAUCAAUUUAAAGGGGCCCUGUGGAGUUUUCUUGUUUAGAUUCAGUGUUCGAACAAAAACUCACUGUGUGUAUUCUUGAGGUCUAAACAAAAGGUGUCAAUGCAUUUUCUUCCUUUUUUUUCCUUCGUAUUUUAAAUCCUGUUUACAUCCAUGUUUACUAGAUAGCGGUUUUCUUCUUCCCAGUCCUUGUAGGAGCAUUACUGCUUUUCUUCACGAGGUGCCGCCACCUGUUCAGCAGUUGAGUAGUGUGACAACAAGGACCCACUCAUUAAAACAAGGCGCUACUAGAGGUCUGAAACUCCACAGGGAACCUUUAAAGGAGGUACUUGAAGAGAGACUUCAACAAAACACUGUAUAGAGGUCAUGUGACAUGUUUCCUAUUGUUGAUUGGGGGAUAAACUAAGUCGUCAGCCUUUUUUUUUGUUUAUGAUGGAUUUUUUAUUUUUUUUAAAUGAUAUUUUUCUUGUACAUUUCACUUUAGUGUUUUUUGGACCUUGAGAAAUAAAAGUCUUGCCAGUAGCAACAA